AUGUUUGAAAGCGCAGCCACAACAUUAGCCUCAAUCCUCGUACUGGGGCUGGCAGGGUAUGGCUAUCAUCGGUACUAUAAAUACCUGGUUCUAAAGAAGAUGACGAAAGCAUUUGAACCAGGCGACCCAGUUCUCGAACUAGCCGCUCUGGGAAAGGGAGUGCCUAGUACAGUGCUGGAAGAAGACGACCAGCCGUGGAUACGAAAGGCCGAGCAACUCAAAAUAGACCAGAUUGUCAGUGGUACGCACCGCGGACAUUAUCAUCUCAUCAUUGGCGAGAAAGGCACAGGGAAGUCAUCGAUGCUACUAGAUGCCAUGCAGAAAGUGGGUGGGGAGGGCAUCUCUAUGUUUGAAGCGCAUGCAGACCUUGAAAUCUUUCGUAUACGACUCGGUAAAGCCCUUGACUACGAAUUUCACGAGGAUUACAUUGGCAGCCUUUUUAGCAUCAAAGGCCCCCGAGAGGGAAAUACAGCUUUGCUCGACAUCGAACGAGCUUUCAAUAAGCUGGAAAAAGUUGCUUUAAGGCGUCGUGAAAUUGCUGGAAAACCUUUAGUGCUCAUCAUCAACAGUACUCACUUGUUACGGGAUGACGAGGAUGGUCGUGAUCUUCUGGAGCUUAUCCAGCAACGUGCCGAGCAAUGGGCCGCCAGCAACCUGGUCACCGUGGUCUUCAACAGCGAUGACUACUGGGUUUACGAGCGCCUUAAGCAAUACUCCACGCGAAUGGAUGUCCUUCCUGUGCUUGAUUUGCCAAAAGACCAAGCUGUGUCCGCCUUGAGACAGUAUCGUGUGAGAAACUUCAAAGAAGAACCCUCGACCCAGGUUCUUGAGGAGAUCUUCGACCAAGUUGGUGGGCGGCUGACUUUCCUUAACCGUGUUGCGAAAUCGGUGGACAUGCUAGAGACUUGUGAUCACAUUUGUGGAACAGAGAAGACCUGGUUCCUGAACAAGUGUUGGAUCUUAGGCGAAGACAUGGAUGACGAUGUAAUGGAUCAACAAAAAUACGCGGCAGCAGCUAUGGUAUUGGCCAAAGCUCUUGUCGACCAGGAGAAAGAGAUCCUCGGCAAAGGGACCAACCAUCCAGGUCAGGGCCAACUGCUACCGCAAUUACCUCUGCAUAUAGCCAGGGAGAUCAUGACAAGAGCAGAUUUCAUCCGGAGCUACGACCACAUCAACAUAUUCACCAUCGAUGCGCAAGCCAUGGUACGAGCUGACUCUGUUCCUAUGCAGAAUGCUUUUCGUCAGAUCUGCAGCGAGCCUGGAUUUGAGAAACAUUUGCAAGCUACGCUCGACCGGAUCUCUGCUAUUGAGAGCUUAGGAAGGACACGAGAGCUUGUAGCCAAGGACUUGAUCGCAGGGCAAUACAAGAUCAGCGGAAGAUCAGAUCGAGGACAGGGUAUUACUGUGGAGAUUUCGCCACCAGGAGACUCAAAGAAAUGA